UCUUUAAAUCAGUUUCGCACCAACUGUAUAGGACUGCUGACUUGCAUCUUGAAAUUCGUAUGGCUGGAAUUGGCCAUUUACAGAGUUACCCAGAAUUGUAUAUUGAAAGCAUUUCUAAUGAUCACUGGAAUAACUAUAUAUCAAAAAAUGUCAAAACAAGGCACAUGGUGUGAUAACAUCAUAAUGCAAGCUGUGGCCAAUGCAUACAACUGUGUCAUUCAUAUCACACAGUCUAAUAUAAAUUCACCUGAAAGUACAAUCUUAACUCCUGUUGCUGAUCAGGAUGGACGAAAGACAAUAUUUAUUGGAUAUAUUAACGAGUUGCAUUAUGUUUCAACAUUGACUGACAAAAACAGUAGAUAUAAAAACAAACUCACAUGCAUAAAGAGAAAAUUAUCAGAAACCAAUGAAAACAGACAUGGUAGACUUCUUAAGCACAGAAAUUACAUGAAAAGAGUCAAAUAUACAGAAACAGCUAAUGAAAGGGCAAGCAGACUUGAAGAUAAGAGAGGCACUUAUAGAAAAACAAUGUCUGAAGAAACUGCUGAAAAGCGAAAAAGAGACUUAAAAAUAAGAGAGACACUUAUAGAAAAAGAGUGUCUGAAGAAACUGUUGAAAAGCAAAAAGAGAGACUAAAAAGUUACAAAGACUCUUAUAGAAAAAGAACGUCUGAAGAAACUGUUGAAAAGCGAAAAAGAGACUUGCAAAUAGGAGAGCCAGUUAUAAAAGGUCUCAAACAAUUUCUGCAGGACAAAAAAGAGAGCUCUGCUGGUCCAGUUCACGAACAAAAACAUGCACAAAAUAACAUGAACGAUUUUCAUAAGUCCAAUCAGUAUUCAGUUUGCCAAUGCACUGUCUGUUUUGAAGCAUGGCCAUUGAAAUCCAGUCCAAGGAAGGUUGAUCACUACCAGUGUCAGAGGUGCAUACGAGAUAAACAACAACCAAAAAAGUUUUCUAAGGAAAAUGACAUGGUGCCAUCAUUAGUACCUUUACAACUGCAGGGGUUAACCCAAGUAGAAGAAAUGCUUAUUGCACGUGCACUUCCUGUUAUGCGAGUUUACAUAAAACCUGGUGGACAAAGGGGCUAUUCAGGCCACUGUAUCAAUUUGCCUCAGGAUAUAGCUGAACUAGCAUUCUCUGCCUAG